GACCUUUAGAUCCGAGAACCAGGUCCACGACCAGGACGAGUUUUAGCUCGCGCGUUGUGUGCGCAUGCGCAGAUGGCCUGUCACGGUCACGCUACUGUCAAAACUGGUCGCCCUCGAGUGGGCGACGACAAGUUUACACAGCAAAGUGGUACUCACGGGACCAGUUUGUUCAAGUACAAAAUGUCUGAGGAUAAAAAAGUGGCGGAAAAAAGAGAGCUCUUUAUAUGGAAAUUUGACAGGGAUGUCUCACUUCUGAAAGAGGUUAUUGCGGAGGAGCCUCACAAGCAUCCUUACGCAUCAAAAGAGAAAGGACAGAAGUGGGACAAAAUCGCCCUCAAUUUAAAAGAAAACCAUGGGUUUAAGGUCACUCAAAGGUCGGUGAGAAAGAGGUUUAAUAGUCUGCAUGAAGACUUUUUAAAAAAAGAGAAGAAGGAGAAGAGAGACAGUGGGGUAGAGGUGAUGUACGAUGAAAAGCACCAGAUGCUUACAGACUACAACGAGCUUAUAGAGGACUGGGAAAGGGAAAGGAAAGAGAGGGUGGAUGACGAGAAGGUUAUGGCAGAAGAUAUGAGGAAGAAGGCAACAGAGAGAUUAAGUGCAACCAAGAAGAGAAAGGAGAGUGGCGAAGACAAGGGCGAAGAAGACCAGCCAAAGAGAAAGACACAGCGAAGUUUGGUGCAAUUAAUGGAGCAGAGCAUAGCAGUACGUAGUCAGGAGAGGGCAAGAGAGCUGGAGAUCAGAGAAAAUGAAUUAAAGCAACAGCAGCAAUUCCAUGGCUUCCUGCUCCAGCAGCAACAACAGGCACAGCAGAUGCAUAUGCAACAGCAACAGCAACAACAAGCCAUGAAUAUGGCCAUGAUGAAUGUCCUAACAGAGAUGCUGAAUGCUGUUAAAAAUGCUAGGACCUAGUAUUUUUAACAGCAUCUCUGCAAUAAUGUCAUGUUUCUUAAAUGUUUCUUUUAUAAAUUUUAUUGAUAGUCAAUUGCUGACAUUUUAUAGCAGAGUUCAAGUACUUCUCUAUUGAACACUUCAAGAGUUUGGUGCCAAACUCUUUAUAGAGUAGAUUCUUUGGAAAAUAAAAUAAAAUCAUAUUUUCUACAAAGUGGGCUACAUUUAUUAUUCAUGGGUCAAAGUUGUGUUUGUUCAACAAAAGUUUCUUUUUAUAUGCAAACCUUUCAAAAGUUGCCAAAUAAAGCCAAUAGGUUUGGUACUUUCUAAGUAACCAGAUUUUUUGCCACAAGUUGCUUUAAACACUAAAAGAAUCUGUCUUAACAAGCCUCGUAUAAUUAUGAAUAUAAUUGGCUCCUUCAUAUUCGACAAAUAACAAAAAAAUAGAAACUAGCACUUUUAAGCCCAAUGAGCUUUGGAUAGAAUUAAAAA